GUUGUUACUGGUUCAGUCGGGCGUAAUUCUGUAUUGCUUAUCGUUUACGCUAAUUUUUGGUGGAAAUCGGCCUCGUAAAUCCCGAAGGAAUCUUUCAAAAUACGAUCGUCAAUAGCCUGCACUUUUCUGUGAUAUUAUUUGUUCAUAUCGGCUACUGUUGUGACGAAAAAAGUGCAAUUAAUUAGUUCAACGAAUCUCGCUAUGGAAUGUAAAAAGUGCCUUCUUCCAGUGGUAACAAAAGACCAACCGCACAUAUACUGCAAUGCAUUGUGUGCCGCAGUUUACCAUGCUGCUUGUGUUAAACUGAAUACUGCCGAGCUCGCUGCCGUAUCGCCACCGAACAAGAAUAGCUGUUGGAUGUGCGACGAGUGUCUGGUUGAAUUCGUACAGUGGAGGAAAGAACAUAGUGAGAAAAUAAAAGAACCGAUCGCCGCAACCGUUCCGGAGCCAACGUGCGUACUACAACGUGACGUAGAUGAACUGAAAGCUAAAGUUGCAUCUAUUUUAUCGGUGAUCACGUCACAUGAGAACAAUCACUCAGAUACGACAUCCUGGAUACGACACUCAACACCGAAUUCAUCGCGACAGAAGGAAGGAGGAACAAGUGAAAUAGCAAACGCAUCCGAUACUGCGAGUCGGUUACCCGAUUCGAUUUGCGUGGACGAGAACUUCGACUUGUUGCUGACUAACAUCGAUGGAAGCGUUUCGGAAGAAGAAGUGCACCUCAUGGUUUCUCGCUGCUUGGGCACCUUGGAUAAUGAGCGCAUCAACGUUAGAAAACUAGUUCCACGAUGGGUUGAUUGCGAUGCACUUGACUAUGUAUCUUUCAAAGUAGUAUUAAAUCGUAAAUGGAAGUCUGCCGCAAUGAUGUCAUCUACUUGGCCUAAAAACAUUAGAUUUCGAGAGUUUAAAAAAGUUAGAUGCCCAUGGAAACCCGACAUUUUGUAAUUCGUUUCUAUAUUGUAAAUUAUGUAAUUUCAUGAGGGAUUAAAAUGUUUUUUUAGUUUGUUAUAAUGUUUUUCCAAUGUGCUUUGCUAUGUUAUCUGUUACACUGUUCAGUUACAAAUAAGAAGUAAUACAUGUUGUCUGUAUUUGAACGAUAAAUUUGUAGUUAGUGGAGUUUAUAGUUGCAUUGUAUUUUAGUGUUUCGUUACGGAAAGUUGUCGAGGUUGUUCAAAACGUUUGUACCUUAGUUUUAAGUACACAUCAUUGGGGCAUACACAAGCCUGUUGAUGUAAAUGGUAAAUAAAUAAAUAAAUAAAUAGAU